UCGAGUUUGUACAUAUGUGUGUGCGAUAGAAUUGCAAGGUGCAUUCGUUUCUUUCUCAGUCAGUUUGUUAUAAACACCAUCGGUUGGUGAAAGUGCAUCCUUGAAGAAUCAUACUUAUGUAGUUUAAUUCAUUAUCAAACGCAAUCUAGCCAAAUUAUCGGUGAUAAAAAAAUUCAUUGCUAAAGUGUUUCAUUUACGUAUUGUUUGUCAUUUGUGUCCGUGUUUUAUACUUAAUUGGAUAAAUACCUGCAUAUUGAUACUUACUAAUAGCCUAUGUUUUGUCUGCGGAUCAACGAUUUUUACCAAAAGUUUGAAGUGUUUGAAGACGGUAUCGUUUCAUCUCCGACUCAGAUUACAAAAGGUUGAAGCUCAGAGAAGACAAAAUCACUGAAGUACAUACUAUCGGCCCCUAAUAAAUACCAGAUAAAUUGUUGAUACGUGAUUCCAAAUUUGAUCAUGUCGUCGAAUAAAUCUAGCGUUUCAACGUGCACAUCCACCGAAGAUUUUUGGUGUAGUACGGUUGAGUUUCACAAAGCAGAGUUUGUUUGGAAAAUAAGUGAUUUUAGUUCUCUCGACGAAACGGGUGAAAGAAUAAAAUCCGAUACAUUCUCAUCUCCUACAAACGAUAAAUUUACAUGGUAUUUGGAUUUUCACUUCAGAGGUCUUGAGGAUGAAACAGAUAUAUUUUGUUUAUUUUUAAACCUGAAAAAAGAAAACGCAUCUGAAAGAGUAUUCGCAAAAUUUUCUUUUUCCAUUUUGAAUAAUGAAGAGGAAGAAAUCUAUAGGCCUGAACCGAAUUUUGAGUGUCAUGAAUUCUAUAACGAGGACGACGAUGAUCCAAAUCCAGGUUCCGAUGAUGAUGAUGAUGCUGCUGCUGCUGCUGCUGCUGCUGAUGAUGAUGAUGAUGAUGAUGAUGAUGAUAAUUGGGGUUGGGAUGAUUGUCCCAAGAAAAACAAAACUUUCAGAAGUAAAUUUUUACAAAAUGAUACGUUAACGAUUUCAUUCCAGAUGAUAUUUUUCGAAAUGAACCACAAAAAUUUAGAUAGUAUGUUUCGCCGUUGUAACACUAUUCAUCUCAAACAACUUUCCGAUAAUUUGGCAUCGGUUCUCGAGAAUCCUAAUUUUGCAGACUUCACGAUUACAGCAAAAGGCAAAAAUUAUCAGGUUCAUAAAAAUAUUUUAGCUGCACGUAGUACAUAUUUCGCCAAGAUGUUCGAAAGCGGCAUGAAAGAAAAUCAACAAAAUUGUGUAGAAAUUACCGAUGUAAAUGAAGACAUUAUGGGUGAAAUGUUGAAAUUUAUUUACACGGGAAUGUGUGAAAAUUUGGAUAAAUUAGCCGACGACUUAUUAAUUGCCGCUAACAAGUAUGAUAUAGAUCAUCUGAAGCAGGUUUGCGUAGAAUCGAUUUACAGUAAGUCUUUAUGUGUAGAGAAUGCGCUGAAAAUAUUGAUAUUGGCGGACCAGUAUAAUGCGAAUAAACUUAAAUCAAGAGUGAUUGACUUUAUCGUAGCUAAUUCAUCUGAAAUAAUGGCGUCGGCGAUGUGGGAUGAAAUUAUGCCAGCGUAUCCUCAUCUCUUAAACAGUGUAUGUAAGGAGGCGAUGCGACGGUUUCUCGUAUUAUCCAAAACUAGGCCUAAUUCUACUGAGUAAUGUCUGUAUUUAUAUGGUAUUUAUUUUGCCUGCCUAGUUUUUAUGUUUUUAUUUUAGUGUUUUGUAUAACUUAAUCCUAAAUAAAUGAAUUCUU